ACCCCCUGAAACGCUUUGCAGAAUCAGGUUUGCCCGUCACUUCCCCCGCGGAGGCUCCGCGCCACGCGCCCGCCCUGGCGCUUGGGUCCCUUUCUGCCUCCCGUCUGGGAGAGGUGCCGAACCUGGAGCUGUGAAGGGCUCGACACGUCCGCAGGGCAGGGGCACCAGGCUGGCGUGCAGGACAAGCAAGCGUCAGGAGGUCUGGGAAUGCCCUUUGCGACGAGGGGAACUGAGACCCUCUUUCAAGAGCAGCCCGAGAUUGGGAACCAGUAUUUGGAAGAUGCUUUGCUUCAGAGUUACUUGAAAACACACCUUCCUCCCAAGGUACUGGAGGAAGUAAGUCAGGACCUGGAAAAAUUUGGAAACCGUCUGCAAACAGAGAUCAAACCUCUAGCACGGGAAUGCGAGUUGAAUCCUCCUAUAUUUCGGCAGUAUGAUGCCUGGGGGCAACGGCUGGAUCACAUUAUCACCUGCCCGGCCUGGAGGAGGAUGAAAGAAAUUGCAGCAGAAGAGGGGCUAAUUGCUGAGGCUUAUGAGAGAAGAUACUCCAACUGGAGCCGUGUGCAUCAGGCUAUCAAACUGUACUUAUUUUCAAACUCUUCUGGAGGUUUCAGCUGUCCUCUGGCCAUGACGGAUGGAGCAGCCAAAGUCAUUGAGUCACUGGGUAUUCCUGGAUCUCUGAAAAAUGCUUUUGACCAUCUGACAUCCCGUGACCCCAAGAAGUUCUGGACCUCUGGCCAGUGGAUGACGGAGCGCAGAGGAGGCUCUGAUGUUGCUAAUGGCACAGAGACAGUGGCCAGAAAGCAGCCAGAUGGUGCAUAUCAUCUCUAUGGCUUUAAAUGGUUUACAUCAGCUGCUGAUUCUGAUGUGACAUUGACCCUGGCGAGGAUAGCAGAUGCUCAAGGACAUGUAAAACAGGGUUCUGGAGGCUUGUCCCUGUUCUUCCUGAAGGUUCGAGAUGAGGAGGGGAAGCUGAACAACAUCAAAGUGCAAAGGCUGAAGAACAAGUUGGGUACACGCCAGAUGGCAACAGCAGAGCUAUGGCUAGAAGGAGCUAAAGCAGAGCUAAUCUCUGCAGAGGGUCGUGGAGUGGCCUCCAUCUCCAACAUGCUGAACAUAACUCGGAUCCACAAUGUCAUUGGUGCAGUAGCUUCCAUGAGAAGGAUGAUCAGUCUGAGCAGGGAGUAUGCCCUUAGGCGGGUUGUCUUUGGGAAGCUCCUCAAGGACCAUCCCCUCCACAUGCAGACCAUAGCCCGGAUGGAGGUGCAGACCCGAGGGGCAUUUCUUCUGCUUAUGGAGAUAGUUAGACUGCUUGGACUUGUAGAAACCAACAUGGCAAAUGAGCAAGAUCAGCUUCUCUUGAGAUUGCUAGUACUGGUUGCCAAACUUUACACUGGGAAGCAGGCUUCUGCUGUUGUUGUUGAGGCAAUGGAGUGUUUUGGAGGACAGGGUUACGUGGAGGAUACAGGCCUGCCAGUCAUAGUCCGUGAUACUCUGGUGCUGUCCAUAUGGGAGGGAACAACAAAUAUUCUAUCGCUUGAUGUACUGCGAUCCCUCACCAAGAGUCAAGGAGAGGUGAUGGCUGUGUUCUCCUCCACAGUGCAGAGAAAACUGGAGUUGGCUUCUAGCACUGCAAAACUGGAACCUGCUGUGAAGCUAAUGCGGGAUGCCAUCAGCAGGCUCAUGCACCUCGUUCAAAGAGCUGGCUCAAAGGGGGCAGCGACCAUGGAGCUAGCAGCAAGAGACUUCUCCUACUCCCUAGCAAGGAUCUAUGCAGGAGGUCUUUUAAUUGAACAUGCAGCUCGGCCUGAUUCCUCCUCCACAGAUGUCUCCGCUGCUCAAAGGUGGUGCAACCAAGAACUGUGUCCUGUAGCCACAGAAUUAAAAAACAGAGGCUAUGAUGCUGAGGAAGCUUUCAUGGACAGCUGUCUGGUGUAUGACGGGAGCCCUGUCUCACGUAGCAAGCUGUGAUUCAGCAGAGGUAACUGGGAAAAUCCAUUCAAGCCUUUGCAAAUGGAAAGCGUAGGUUAUUGUGUUGCAUUCAGUGCAAGCCUUAAUGACUGUGGUGAAGCAAUGAUUUAGGAUUAUGUUGAAUAAAGAGAGAGAAUUUCCUCUUCAGGGCAGCAGUGGCUGUGUCUACAAGAGUGUUUUGGUCCAGAGCAGUAGCGUGGCCUUGAAAUGAACCCCCUUAGUCCCCAGUUGCCAUACAUUGGUUCAGUUUGCAGAGUGGUUUUGCUGCAUGCAAAUUAUAUUGCUUUUGGAGGAAACAAAACUGACAGCUCUGCUAUGGCUAUGCACCAAGCACACUCCAACCCCUAAUGGGAACAGGUUACAAUCCAAAAAUUGACACUUCAGGACAGCUUCGAAUUACAUAUAUGAUGGGGUCAGACCAAAUCAUUCUGAAGUAAACCACCAACUACAUCAACUGCUUCAGUCUGAAAUCCACGGCUUUUCAACUGCAUUAUUUGCUAAUGCAGACAUAGCCACCGAGAUUCAGUCUGAGACAUUGAAAUGUUCUUACCAAGUUUUAGGCAAAGCCUGAGUGAUCAAAUGCAGAGAAGGACUUGAAGAAGCAGUUCUUCAAGUGCUAACUGGUGUUGCGUUUAAAGAAAAGCAACCAAAAUCAAGCUGAAAAUUAUCUGAAGCUGUUUAAAUACAGCUGUUUAAAUAAUUUUGUCAUGUUCACCUUCUUGCUUUCCAGUGCUUCUCCUACAUGCUCUUUCACCCCGGCAGCUGCCAGGGCAGCCUUUACUAACCCCUGUGGCUGUGAGAAUUUGGUCACAAGCUGGGCAGUUGGUACAUGCCAUUUAUACAGGCGACUUCUAUGGGAACUGUUGCACUUGUUUCAGGAGCCCUCAACUCAGUGACUGAUCUUGGCAACUUGCUGGCUAAAACAGAAGCUUUGUAACCAAAACUUUCCAUUUUCUUAAUCUUACCUAGCUAAGGCUAUUCUUAAGCAAGCUAAUCAUUGGGCACUGUUUAGUCUAGCUGUGCUUUUGAUUUUUUCCUUGUCCCAAACCAACUUUGCUAUGCUUUAAAAUAAGCUGAAGUGGAGGCUUUACCUUGUAAUGCCCACUGUUAGGUGCCUCCCCACUGGUGAAGCUGCUGACUCAGCUCCGUAGUCAGCUGAGGUGGGUAACAAAACCAUCCUACUGCACUUAAGAGACAGGAUACAACAAUUUGGUAUUUACAUCUUCAUAAAUGGGAGAUGGCAUCAACAUCAGCUCUGCUGUACGGAGGUGCUCUGGAAAAGUUUGGGGGAGGAAGUAAUUUCAAUUACAUCACACGAAUUACAUCAAAACUACACGUUGGUACUGUAAUUAAUGGAAAAUAACUUUUGCCCCCUAGAUAGCUUAUUAAUUUUCUAUUUGUGUAGCCUAAUGGUACAGCAAUUCCUAAUGACAUAAAUUCUACUAACAUCAGUUUUAGAUUGAAAUCCAGUAAUCCUCCAUCAAAGCAAACACCUAGAUAUUGAUUGCGUGCCUCUCUCCACACUCAGCACUUCAGUCUACCUGCUUGAUGUUAUCCAGAUGAGAAAAAGUUUAAUUAGAAAGUUGCUAAUAACAGAAGGAAAACAAUUUGGAAUGGAAUAUAUAACUGCAGAGGGCUAUCAACAACUAGGAUAAAGAAGGGGAAGAGACAAGAAAGACGAGAAAGAAGCCGUUUUUCUGAACACAAGUUAGCCAACGUUUUGCUGAGGCGAAAGCGCAGGGCUCCAAGAGGACCCAGCUGACCAAGAACACUGUCUCCGAGGAGGAGCAUGAGCAAAAAGCAGCGCCUGGAGAGCCCUGUGUAGGAGCAGCAAGCGAAUGCUUUGUGGGCUCUGUCUGUCCCAGCUCAGGGGUUACAGUGCCUGAGCCAGGUGGAGCUUCCCCGCAAAUUGCACAAAGAAUACAGCUUUAGCGCGACCCAGCAUUAACAGGCUUUUCAUUGCCGCAUUUCUCUGCGUUUGCUCUAUGUGCUUUUGGGUGAAUAAAUAAUAUUGGCUUUUGAAAAUGUGCUUAUGUCACUUACUUCUUAUGAUGUAGUUGGUUGCUGUCAAAGAAAAAGGGCUUCUAGGUGUCAAAACACAGGAACCCCUCAUGCUGUUAAAAAUUAGUAAAGGUGGGGGAAAAGGAACAGGGAAGUUGCAGUUCACAAACCAGGCUAAGAACAAGAAAGUGAGAACCACGUGGCUCUAACCUAGGUGAUGAAGUUAGCAAAAUCCAUCACCAGAGCUGUAUGUGGGAAGGGCAGAAGGGUCUAACAACGUGCGAUGAAUACAACAGAAAAUGGAAGUCAUCCGUUUUUUAACCAGCAUCUGAAAUUGUUUGCAGAACUGGCCACGGACCAGCUGGGUCCUCCAAUCUUGCUAGGUAUUGGGCUUUGGCAAGAGUGAUGCCGUCCAGGCUCGCUGUCAGUUUGGGCUUUCACAGCACCUCUUGCUGUAAGUUUUAGACACACCUUUUUUUUUUUUUUUUAAACACUGGAAUUACUUUUUCCUAAUAUACAAGCUAUGAUUUGCCUAAAAAUAAACCCCACAAACUGGGAGGCCUGCAAAUGAACCGAAACACAAAACACAAGGGACUGUAAAAUGGUCACUGUGUAGGAAAAUGACAAAUUUAUUAAGAUCUAAAGAUUCACUCUGAGGCUACAGCAGAAUAAAUGCUGUUACAAACAAAGAAGCACUAGGGUCUAACAGUUUAUACUGCUGCUAAACAGCUCUCUGCUCUCAUAGGUUUGCAUGUUUUAAAACAUUUAAUGUUCUUGAAGUAAUUAAUCAAGACUUCAGAUGUCAUUUUAAUACAAAUUCCACCAAAAAAAUGUACAAUCAAAUGCAUCACUGGUUGCCACUGCAAGAUAAAAAUCAUUUAAUAACAUAACUAUGGGAAAUCGUUUUAAAAAACAUAUUUGUUAAAUAGUAAGAUAAAACUUUAGCAGCAUUUAAAAAAUUUGAAAGUCCAAAGAGUAUGGUAAUCUUAAAUCGCGAAAUGCAACACUCCGAGCUCCAAUGCCUGUAUUACGAGUGUAAAAUGAAAGGAUGGAAGUUUAUUAUUCCUCUGCCCAGGAAACGGGAUGUCGCUUUAGUAUAUGGACAGUAAGACAGACAAUGAUUGUACAGACGUGGCUGUAUUCAAAUCUUACACUUCUGCUUCUAUUCCCUUGCUCUCAUGCUGGUGGAUUCCCACUUCGACAAAGAACUGAGUUGAAUUGUUAAAAAAGUGCAAACCAGAAAUUUCAUGCUCCCUGGGCUAGAUUUUGGCUGUCUCGUCAGACCUGAUGUGCUCCUUCAGCGGUAUGUUUGUCUGCAAAGGUACUGAACGCCCCACAGGAGACUCACCAGACUGUCCUCUAAAGAAAAAAAAACCCAACCAGGAGCAAACAUAAUUCCUAGCAGCACAGCUAUAAAUACACCGUUCUGCGAGCGCUGUAUGAACAAAAGCUGCGUUCACUCACAUUCCUCACUAGACUCAAAAAAGAGCCUAAAUUGCUGCUUUUCCUUUUUACUCAGAAAAGUAAUCGCUAAACAGUUUCUGAGUGAUGCCAAGCCAUGGAGUCUAACUGAGGAAUCUAACUCUAAAGGCUACACAAACCCUGAUCUGGAUCCUGCACGUGAACACACGUUGCAGAACCGGCCUUCAUUUAGCAGUGUCGGCAUCUGCUUUUCUGCAUCUCCCUCCAGGACAGCCUAGAAUAACACUGCCUUUUACCUGAUUCGGACGCUGGUGAGUUCUCUCAAUUGCUCGGACUGAUAUCCAGGAAUAAUUCAAGAUCUACUAGAGGGGCAAGUAUAGAAUAAUCAUAAAAUAGCUGUACGCCCCUUUUCAAUUAAAUGACCUCUCUAUCAGCUCAGCUUUUUUUGCACACAGUUGUUGCCCUUUGCAGCCUCAUAACAUACUUCAGAACAGUAGUUCAAAAUCUCUCCCAGCUUGGACAUUACCCCACAGGGACAGUCUUUCCUGCUCAGCAAAGUGGUUCUUGACACCUUCUUCCCCUUCACCACCAGAUAAAGAACCUUGUUUUUUUUCCAUCGUACAUACUGCCACCACCAUACCUCACCUAAGCGUAAGCGCUGAUCAACUAAUUGGUGUCCAGCCCUACAACGAUGCUUGCCUCUUAACGAUUCCUGUUCCAAUAUACGGCGGCAAUGGGCCAUUUCCACCAGCAAGGAGUGGUUGGGGUUGCGUUGUCCUACCUGAGGA